AUGUCUUUGGCAAAUUACUCCAACAUGAACUCUGUGUCCAUUGCAAAUAGCUUAGGAUCUGGUUCACGGGCACCCAUACUUAUUCCUGAAGAGUAUAAUUCGUGGGUUGGCCGUAUGAAUCUUCAUCUUAACGCUAUAAAUGAAGAUAUCUGGAAGUGUGUAGAAGGAACAUAUGUUACUCCAGAAAAUAUGGCUACUCUUGCUACGAAUCAAGCCACUCAAACCGAUAUCAUAAGAAAGUUGGAACUCCAAGCCAAAAAGGAACUUGUGUCUGGAAUACCUCACAGUAUUCUAAGUCAAAUGGAUGACAUUAUGAUGUUAACCGCAAAUCAAAUUUGGGAAAAUUUGAAAAAUCGUUUUUGUGGAAAUAAAAGAAUUAUCGGAAACAAAAGAACAUCUGUUUUGAAUGAAUUCGAUAAUUUCAAAAUGCUUUCAUCAGAAACUAUCCAUGAUGCUCAUGAUAGGUUCAAUUUGAUUAUGGGAAAUCCAGCUAUUCAUACCGAAUCUUUGUACAAUUUGUAUGGAGAACUUCAAUCGUAUGAAUCCUCGAUUGACCCACCAACCAUUGCAGCUUUUGGAGGACCACUUGCUCUUGUGUCCACAACUUCUCAAAACCAAACACCUUACAAUGAUCAAAACUUUAAUCAUUUUAAUCAGACUACAUUUUUUCAAAACCAAUCCUUCCAGUCUGAUUCAAAUGAUGAAGCAGAUUAUCAACAACUGUGUGCUUUGGUUGCAAACACAAAUCUCCAGAGAUUUAUCCCAAAUCAUGGAACAAAUCACUAUGCCAGAGAAUGCCGAGCCAAAAACAAAACCAAAAUCAAAGACUCAACAUACUAUGCUCAAAGAGCCGAUGAAUUGAAGAAACUGGAAAACCAAGAAAAGCAAAAAGCAUUGAUGGCAAUCCAUGAACCAAGCGUGGAAUACUGGCCAACAUCUGAUGACGAAGCUGAUAAUGAACAAGCACAAUCAAACUUCUGCUUCGUAGCUGGUGUUGAAAUACCUUCAAGAGCUCCAAACGUCAUAGAACAGGUAUGGUCUAUGAUCUCUGAACUUGGUUUUUCCAAAACAAUUUUUGAGUCCCACAUAACCAAAAUUGAGACUAGUCUGGAAACUGAUCUCAAAACAUAUCAUGACACAAUGGUCAAUUAUGAUAUUUGCAAAUCUGAGUUACAAACCUUGCAACUCAAAUUUGGAGAAUCAACAAGAACUAAAAGCAAAUUGGAAAGAGACGUUGAAAGAAAAUCAGAAGAUUAUAAUCACGUCUUGGAACAAUUAAAUCAGUCCCUAAUUCAGAAAAGGGAUUUGGAACUAAAAGAUCAGUCAAUCAUUUCUUCUGAAACAAAAGAUGUUUUAGAAAUGGAAAUCCUUCAGUUGAAACAAGACUUUCAAGAAUCAACUGAUAAAUACAAUAUUCUAAAUGAAAAACUGACUGAUUCUUUAAAACAAAUCAAUUCUCUUAAAACCGAGAAUAAAAGACUGAUGUGGAAUAUGGAUUCUAUCAAAGUUGCUAGAAAACUAAGUGAUGAUAUUUUCACAAAGGCAAACACCUUAGGAACUGGCAAAAUUGAUACGAAUUAUAGACCAGGAAUUGGAAGAGAAUCCUUUGAAAUUAAACAAGCAAAACAGGAAAACAUGACGAAUUGUGAAAACUCUGAAUCUACUCUACCAGAUCUUUUCACAUCUCUUAAUGAGGAGGAUUCAGAUGACGAAACAGUUAUCAACUGUAGUCCAGAUGAUAUUGCUUUCAGUGUUUCCAAAAAGUCAUUCAAAAGAGUUGUAAAUUCUGAAACAAACUCUGCAAGUUCUUUAACUCACCAAAUCAAACAUACCGAUGGAACCACUAAACUCAAAAACUUUUUGAAUGGAGAAAAUUCCUCUUAUGAGGAUGGUAGUACUUCUAUACCAACUGUACUUAAUGCUGGAGAACCCAAUGAUGAUACAUGGUAUAUUGAUAGUGGCUGCUCCAAGCAUAUGACAGGAAACCGGAACUACUUACGUGACUUCAAACCUAUACAAACCAAUCAAGAUGUUACCUUCGGAAACAACAUGAAAGCAAAAAUCAAAGGUUAUGGAAACAUAACAAAUGGUAAUUUUACCAUAAAGAAAGUUGCCUUCGUCGAUGACCUGAAACACAACCUCAUCAGUGUUUCUCAACUGUGUGAUAACAAUCUUGAAGUUCAUUUCACCAAACAACGAAGCUUGAUCAUGGACGCCAAAACAAAAGAUGUUAUAGUUGAUUCUGACCGUGCCGGAAAUAUGUAUCCACUUGACAUGGAUCUUAUCUACGGUAAACCCGAUAUAUGUCUGCUAUCUAAAGCCCCAGCAGAUAUUAGUUGGUUAUGGCACCGUCGCCUUUCCCAUCUAAACUUUGGGUACAUCAACAAAUUAAUCGGCGAUGAUCUUGUUCGAGGGCUACCACUUCUGAAGCUUGAUAACGAAACUCUUUGUGCCGCAUGUGAAAAAGGAAAACUUUCUAGAUCCACUCACAAAAGCAUCUCAGAAUCUAGUAUAUCCGAACCACUAGAAUUGUUGCACAUAGACCUUUGUGGCCCUGCCAAAACCCAAACCAUACAAGGGAAGAAGUACAUUCUUGUUGUCGUUGAUGGUUUCUCGCGCUUUACUUGGGUCUUUUUCUUAAGACUAAAAUCAGAAGCACCUAGAGAUGAUCAACUUCAUCAAACAAAUCGAGCUGAAGCUGAAACGACCUGUUCGAAGAAUCCGAAGUGA